CUACACGUGUCUCCAGUGAUAGGUGUGAACGCGUCUCUGUGGAGGCUCGUCUUUCGCCCCCUGCAGGAACACAGCAGAGCUCCGGCAGUCUGUCAGGAAACAGCUAUUAGUCGGCAGACGCUGAUCGAAACAGACGCUGCAGGUCAUCAAGGAUGGACACGAAACUUACUCCGCUAAUUAUUGGCUUUUGGAUAACUUUGUCAUUCUGUGUCACGGAAAAAGUCAAAGAAAGGACCGCCCGGCAAAGAGACGCGGAGUUUACUGACAAGCACCAGACGUGCAUGCAGGGUGUACCUGGAGUGCAGGGCAGGGAUGGGAACCCGGGGAUAAAUGGCAUUCCAGGCACACCAGGAAUCCCUGGGAGAGACGGACUGAAGGGCGAGAAGGGACAGUGUGUGACUGAGAGGUUUGAGGAUCCCUGGAAACCCAACUUCAAACAGUGCGCCUGGAAUUCUUUAAACUACGGCAUUGAUCUUGGCAAAAUAGCUGAGUGCACGUUCACCAAGCAGCGUUCGGACAGCGCUCUGCGUGUGCUCUUCAGCGGUUCUCUCAGACUCAAGUGUAAGACGGCCUGCUGUCAGCGCUGGUACUUCACCUUUAAUGGGGCAGAAUGCACUGGACCGUUACCCAUAGAGUCCAUCAUUUACCUGGACCAAGGCAGCCCCGAACUCAACUCCACCAUUAACAUACACAGGACUUCCACAGUGGAGGGGCUCUGUGACGGGAUCCAGGCCGGUCUGGUGGAUGUUGGGAUAUGGGUGGGCACAUGUGCUGAUUAUCCUCGUGGAGACGCAUCGACAGGAUGGAACUCUGUAUCCCGGGUGAUCAUCGAAGAACUUCCAAAAUAAGCAUUCAUCUUCAUAACUGAUCACUGUCAUCGUCACCAUACCAACAGAAGUCUUUGUGCCCCUGUCAGAGAAAGGACCUUCCUCAUAGAAAUGGGACAAAUUAAAGCUAAUAGAGUUGCUUUGAGUCUGUGCAGCUCUCAUGUUUUGUAAGAUUAUUAUUCUCUGGCUUAGUUUUGUGACAGUUAAGAUGGAUUCAAUUUGCUCAGUACAGACAAUUACGAAAUAGAAGUAUUAGAUAGUACUGUGGUUCUGUGGACAUUAUGCUGUACUAUGCUACUGCCAUUUUAAGAGUCCAACAAAGAUGAUCCUUGCUUUGCUGAUAUUUAUUUAGUGGCUCUUCCUUUUGUCCCUGGAUGACUAGAACACAGCGUAUUUUUGUAUCCAUUUUGUUUUUAUUACC